AGCGCUGUGGUAACAAUGGACGCAGACGAAGACGGCUUCACCGACGCUUGCUUAUGUUAGCCCAUCAAACAAAGGGGGCGGCGGUGUCACGCGGCUCACCUUCUUACAGUAGCUUUAACAUGGAGCGAUGGCUCAUUAUUGCAAUCGGCGUCCUUGAGAAUGACCCCGGGCCCUUCCCCAAGCAGCUGGUGCAGGUCAACGGCCACGCGGUGGAUAAGAACGGCCACGCGGUGGAUAAUGACGUGCAUCUCCUAAUCAACGUGCAGGACCUUAACGACAACAGGCCGCACUUCGAGAUGCCCGUUAUCCAGGGCUCCGUGGAUGAGGGCUCCCUACCAGGCACGCCAGUGAUGACGGUCACGGCAAGUGACGAGGACGACGCCUUAUCGCCCAACGGCGUGAACCGCUACAAGAUCGUGUCGCAGGUUCCCACGAAGUCCUUGGACCGCGUGCUUACCAUCAACAACACCAUGGGCGUCAUCAGCACCAUCGCCGCCGGGCUGGACCACGAGACGACGCCGCAGUACGUGCUGGUGGUGCAGGCCUCAGACAUGGAGGGCGACCCGGACAUCGGCCUCACAAACACAGCCACCGCCAUCGUCACCAUCGCCGACAUCAACGAUAAUCCCCCCGAGUUUACGGACAUAACCGUGUUCCCGUGGCGAGCGGCACGGGAAGAAAAGCGCCCUCGCCGUGUGGCCCGACGAGGCCGUCGACAUCUGCCUGCCGCCCGGCAACCCCGACGACGACGACGACAACGACGAUGGCGACCGCGCCACCGCCACCGGCUCCUCACGGUGCUUCUCUACGCCAAGAAACGUCGCGGCGAGGAGCGUCUCGCCGAGUGGCUGCACAGCGACAAGGAGGACAAGGAGGGCGACAAGGAGGACAAGGAGGGCGACAAGGAGGACAAGGAGGACAAGGAGGGCGACAAGGAGGACAAGGAGGGCGGCGAGGACAAGGAGGGCGGCGAGGAGGAGGAGGACCAAACCACAGCCGAGGCCGUCGCAGAGGCGGUAGCCGAGUGCGUGGGCUAUGCCGGUGUCCUGAUCGCGCAAAGGCAGGACCGCGGCGUGGUCGUGUACGUGGAGAAGAAGGGGAUGGUGGCAAGCCUGGCAGAGACGGGGAUCACCGUCAGGGACGUGGUUUGCCCGAAGGAAAAGAAAGUAAAGACGGUGCCACCCAAGGCAGCACCACCGCGGGGGGCAGAAGGGCCACAACAACGGCCGCAGCAGGCACCGCCACCGCUGCCGUUGUGA